AUGGCUGAGAGCAGUGUGGACAUGAUGGCGCUGGGCGAGGCCGGACAUGGUGAGUUGUGGGGAUGGGCAAAGUACCGCUACUUAGGGGGCGUCAAGGAGGCCCGUGUGUGCCGUCCCCGCCCGCUGAUUCGCUGGUUGAGUUUUCUUGUUGGCCUGAGGCAAGCAGACACGGCUGGCAGACAAAAAAUAUUUAAGAAGGCACCAUCGCCCACCUUGCUCGCCCUUUGGAAGAAGUUGCUCGGUUCUGCCGCCCCACAUAUUCUCCUCCAGCCACACUUCCCGCACCAUAGCACUCCCGGUCGAUACAGGAACCCGAUCGAUUCCGUCGUCGUCGACCAAGACCACCUUAAUCAAAAAGAAAAGAUCAAGAUCAUUUGCACAGGUCACAGUGCAAAACCCAAGACAAGACAAGACCCCUCUCUCUCUGCCGUGUGCUUGAAAGUGUGGACCACCUCGAUACAUCAUCGCAUCAACUCGUUCUCGUUCUCGUCGUCGCCAGAACAGCCACGACUUCGUCAUCUCAUCGAAUUAGUUCGCGCGCAGACAAAGUCAUCUAAAAAGUCGCUUUGA